CAACAACAUGAAACCUACACUGGGCGGCCACGAUGUCCAAAACGUGGCCGGCCUCACGCUUCUAACCUCGCUGGGGUAUUAUGCCGUUCAAGAAGUGCUAGCGCGCGUGGUUGAGCCGUUCGACAGCUCCCACCUCCUGGCCAGCACAGCGCCAGGCCUGCGCUGGGACGCGCUACACUUCCUCGGCAUCGCCACAAAAGGAUACAUGUACGAGCAGCAUCUGGCGUUCCAGCCCGGCUGGCAGGCACUGCUAAAUGUUCUGGGUGACGACGCCAAUGCGAUCCUCCUCCGCGCCGCCAUUGUCAACAUAAUCCUAAGAGUGGGCGCAGCAGUGCUGUUGUACAAACUCACCCGCACCCUCUUCAACCGGCGCAUAGCCCUCCUGACGGGCGUACUCUACGCGUUCCCGCCGGCCCCAGCACCGCUUUCCGCACCCUACACUGAGACAACCUACUCCCUUGCCACAUUGGCCGGGUUCUAUGCGAUGGCCACCCAACGGUGGUUUGUCGCAGCGGCCGCGUUCGCAGCAGCCACAAGCGUGCGCGCCACGGGCGUCUUUACGACCAUUCCGCUCGCGUACGCCAUGCUCGUUCCAGCGCUCAGGCGCGGCCUGACACUCUCGGCACUACCACGCGUCGUCUUCACAGGUAUCCUGUGUGUCAUCGUAGUCGCACCUUUCGUCACGUUUCAGGCGUGGACGUGGGCGCAGUUCUGCUACCCAGAAGCAACCAGGCCCUGGUGUUCCAAGCUUCUACCCUCCAGCUAUAGUUUUGUGCAGGGAGAGUACUGGAACAUCGGUCUGUUCAAGUACUGGCGAUUGCAACAGGCACCCAACUUCUUGCUUGCGGCCCCCGUCCUAACGGUGUCGCUGAUAGGGGUGUGUCGACACUUGAGCAUGGGCGACAGCGUCUCGAGCGCCAGCACAAGCCCUGAUCGCAUCUCCGGUGGCGGGAGCGACGUGCAGACAGCCAUCGUGGUGUACAUCGCGCUCAUGGAUGUGCUGCUCAUCUUCGCGUCGCACACGCAAAUCGCCCUCCGGUUGGCGCCUACCGACCCAGUCGUAUGGUGGACGCUGGCGAAGAGCUUUGACAGCGCUGGGAGCAGGAAGUUGACUCUACUGGAGAAGGGAUGGGGUUGGUGGGUAUUGGUGUGGGGAGCGGCGUCGUUGGUGCUCUGGAGCGGGCACUACCCCCCGGCAUAGUAUCUUGGAUGCACCGCGACUACCUUCAUCACAGAUCUAGGUGAGCAGAUGAGCUGUCUGCGUGAAGUGACAUCCCCAAUCAAAUGGGUCGGGAUUGGAAGUUCGCCUGUGCCGAACCUCGCACUCAACCGAGAUCCAAGAAUGGAAUGCACAGCCAAUGCGGA